AUGGCAGAACUCGAGGUUCCACCUCGACCUGAAGAAGAUGAAGUUACAGAGAGACAAGUCACAGAGAAGGCAUAUUCUAAUGGAGAUCCGUGGUCAGCCAUUGCAGAGAAAUUGCCUGGAAGAACUGACAACGGCAUAAAAAACUACUGGCAUGCACACGUAAAGAAAUACAAUAGAAGAAAUGCAGCAGCCACUGGUCAAAUUAAGCAGCAGCUUUGUAAAGCUUCCCAAUUGUCUGAAAUAUUACAUGAACAACAACCUAAUCUAAUUACCUCGAAGGCAAACAUUCAAAACGAAUCAUCCCCAAAGGACUUUGUUGUGGCUGAAUCCUCAUAUCUCCAAGCAUUGGAUAAUUUGGUUCCACCUCUCACUAAUACUACCCGCGGAGCGCACGAUGAUAAGAUUAUUGGGGAUUCAGACGAAGGAAAUUUCUGGUCUGAACUAUGUCACAUUAAUUAUUUAGAGUCAUCACUGGAGUUGAAUUAUGAUGACUUAUUAUUCACGGUUCCUUAUAUUAUGAGUCCUCAAGGACCUCAACACUGGAUUGCCGAAAAUAGUACUCCUUCAUCUGGUUCAGUUGCAGAAACCCAAGAAUUUUUUUGGACCGAACCAGAAGGAGGACUUUUCUCGCACUCCUUUUUAUACAAUGAUGAUAAUUGA